CCAAAACAAAACACUUUCGGUAAUAAAAUGCAGCUAUCAACAGUUCAGCCAGUAUUUAAGCUGGAGUUAAACCAUAAAAUUACUCCAGAUGUGGUGACGAUCGCAAAGUAUGAUGGAACGCACCCGUGUCUCACUGCGUCUGCUGGAUACGAUAAAAUCAUUAUCCAUCAUCCCCAUGGAGGUAUGGUCAGUGGAAGAGCGCAGAGAUCGCAAGCUCAUGGAGAAGUCUCUGAACUGAAUCUCAGUCAGGCUGUAAUUGCCCUUGCAGCUGGACCUCUGCGCCCUGACACUGGUAGGGAUAUGCUGCUCAUUGGGUCACCUACACAGAUACUAGCAUACGAUGUGCACGACAAUACGGAUCUCUUUUUUAAAGAGGCACCAGAUGGAGUCAAUGUGAUUAUAACUGGGUUCUUCGGCAAACAUGCGGAGACUUUGGCGAUAAUCGGCGGCAACAGUUCUGUACAGGCCAUUGACUGGGAAGGCAAUGAGGUCUUUUGGAAUGUUGUCAGCGGCAAAGUAUGUGCAAUGAUCACUUUCGAUUUUGAUAAAGAUGGGGAAAAUGAGCUUCUCAUAGGAUGCGAUGAUUCAUUUAUUAGGGUUUUAAAGAACAAUCAAUUUAUAGCCGAAAUCGCUGAAACUGGGCCCAUAUUGUGCCUGUGUCCAGUGAACGAAGUCAGGUUCGCAUAUGGACUAGCUAAUGGUACUAUUGGCAUUUAUGAAGAGGGCAUUCGACUGUGGAGGGUUAAGUCGAAACAGAAUGCGUUGGCUCUCCAAUGGUCAGGAGACACCUUAGCUUGUUGCUGGUCGAACGGGCGUGUAGAUUGGCGUGAGGGCACCACUGGACGAGUGUUACGGCGAGUUCAGAUGCGUGCUAAUGCAGCUGCAAUGUUACUGGCUGACUACCGAUCUGUUGGUGCUCCAGAUCUUGUCUGUGUGUCUGAUAAAGGCGAAGUAUUAGGGUAUCCGCCUUACCAAGAAAACACUGGAUUCAACACGGGCACCAAGAGCAUGCCUUCAGAUGAGGAUCGGUUAGCCAUUACAGAGCUAUUCAACAAGAAGCAGGCGCUCAUGGUAGAACUACAGCACUACGAAGCUAACGCAACCAGUGGUAGUGCGAGCGUUGAGAAUCUGGAACGACCUGCUUCAGCUAUGCCUACUAAUACGAGGCUGCAAGUGGCUAUCCUGCAUUCACCCGAGGAGGCUUGCCUUCAACUCGCAGUAUCAACUAACAAUGAGACAGUAGUUCGCGCAGCCCUUGUCCUUGCGGAAGGUAUUUUUGAAAGUGGGGAGACCUUCAUUCGACACCCUCAGCCUAGUCAACUGAGGUCUUUGCUGCAUGUGCCGUUAAGACCACCGCGUGACGUACCGGUUGAUGUCCACAUUAAGGCUCUUAUAGGCUAUCCUGACAGUGAACAAUUCCACAUCUUCGAGUUGACGAAACAACUCCCGAGAUUCGCGAUGUAUCAGUCGUUCACCAAAGAAGUGAGAAAUAAAGGGAACAGCUAUGUAACAUUUCGCAUCACAGAAAGAGUGCAGAGAAUAUGUAUCUGGGUGAAUCAGAACUUUUUAUUGGAAGAAGAAUUGAACAUUGAGUCAGAAGAAACAAAGGAGCUUCAUAUAAAUCUUCUGUGCUUGAGAGACCAGUCUUACUUGUACAUGGAUUUUGCAGCUGAUGGCCAAGUGAAGUUUAGCACCCAUGACAUAAGAUUGGCUGGAGAUCUGAUACAAAGUUUAGCUGUCUAUUUGAAUUUGACUGACUUGCAGUCAGUAGCACAAUUUCCCGAAGCCGAAAAAAGACUUCGUGAAGAAAUGGAACAUGUAUCACAAAUAGGUGAAAUGAGAUCGCGGUUAGCUGCUGAAACUGCAGAGCGUGCUCAACUUAUCACUGCUUUGUUACCAGCGGCUCAGGAUGCUGCAGCCUAUGAUUUGAGAGAGAUGUUGAACCGGUACAAGGAAGUUGUAAUGCUGAACGAGGAGCUUCUCACGGGAUGCUACAUUAGACGCUCUACUCAGGAGCAAGCAGUUACUUCGCUGAAGAGUUUGCAUACUAUUCUGCAACAAGCUGUAAGACUUAGAGUUGGCAAAUACAGCAAGGCAGUUGUGGCAGCAAGUCGAAAGGCAGUGCAGGCCAACAAUAUCGAGGCGCUAAUCAAGAUCAUACAAGUUGGGGACUCAUUGAUAACAUAAUUCUAUAUGUAUUGCAACAGUUUAUUUGAUUUAUCACAAUAAAUUAAACUUACUCUAUCAGUCAUUUCAAAUAACAGAUCAAUGUCAAGAAUUGCAUUAAAAGUGUACUUAAAAAAUAUUUUUUUUUUACUUUACAAGUUUAUAUCGAGUUUAGCUCAUUUUGUACUUUUGAGUUAGAGAUUUAUUUAGUAGUAGUAGUAGCAGUA